ACGGCGUCGCUUGUGGUGAGAAACCCACAGAGUUCCAGACUCAUGCACACAUAACAGGGUCACUUAUCCUCCAUACAAACAUCCUAACAGAAUAGAAUAGAGUCACUUUAUUCAAUAUUAAUAUGAUCCAUAAUAAUAUGAUCCACACCAUGAUUUAACAUCAGUCAGUUAGUAGUUUAAAUCUACAUUCUAAAACUUGAAAUAAGAAUGUCCCAUCUUUGACCAAGAUCAUGACCAGUUCUGGCCAUUUGGUUGGUUCAAACGUGUCAGCUGCUGUAAAUCUGAACGUUUGCUGUGUGAAAAACACUCUAUUGUACUCAGUUACCUGAGUCCACACACACAGCUGUCCACACAGGAUUAUGAAUGAGUCACCUGCUGAGCCUCAAAGACGUACAAAACCGGUGACCAGUAGUGAAUAAUAUGAACUAAUCACUGUUUCGCAUCUGUUUCAGUGAGAAUUAGCAAGGAAAAUACACUUCCAAAGAGCAAUGGUGGUUGAAAACAUCAGUAUUUGUUAAUACUGGGAUUAACACUCUAUGUAACUUCACAUGUAGAAUAAAUCAGCGCUGUAAAGAGAAUAUUUUUAUCUUGGUCAUUUAGUUGUGAACAUAUCAAAACUGCCUCAGUAACUCUAUUACAAGCACAAAACACACAUUGUAAGUCACAAUGAAUGGAAAAACUAAUGCAAUUAAAUGUUGGAUCAUAAAAUAUAGUCAGGGAUCCAUAAAAGCAUAAAUUCAAUUCUUGCAUAAUAUUGAAGUGCAGAAUUGAACGAGACCUUUUGGGAUGAUGAGCAGUUAAAGACAUCCCUGCAGAUCAUCAGAAACUUGAUUAUCUUGACUGUACAGUGUUAUUUGAAGCAUAUUGUUUCAAAUCUGUAUGUCCAAAAGCAGAUAAAAUCAUAGCAGGGAGUUGUUUUCAUGCAAGAUUUCUCGUUUAAUAUUAUUCAUAUUAGAAAAAGUGUUACAGUUGUUAAAAAAAAAGCAUAUCCGUUGUCUCAAGAGUGCCCCUUGAUGCACCACUAAGGGAACCAAAAUGUUCAGAAAAGGCGCCGCAGUCAAUAGCUGGCUUCAGCUAUAAAUCACUAAAAGCCGACAAUACACUAUACAUACAGUAUUCAGAAAAAGUUAGCUACUCAUCAGAAAACAAAGUGGAGCCCUAAGCAGCUAAAAAUAGCAAGUACUUUCCUCAGACAUGGGUGGAGACCAAAAACAGAGCAAAAAGGAGAUUUCAUAGUUGAUUAACAUUCAUUAGGUGGUCAGAAAUGUGAGUCCAGCUGAAUAAUAAUGCUGCGUCAUGCCUUCUUUUUAAAUAUAGAUAAAUAAAUGUUGACGCUUUCAUUAUAUCAAAUUAAAAAGAUCAUGAGUGUUGUGUUUAAAGUGGAAAAAAAACUCAUGACACGAGUUUAAGAGACCGCGGUUGGGAUUAUCUUGCCAUGCACAUUGACGUAACUGACGGGAAGCUUUAUCUUCAAUCGUCUCAAGUUUAAAGUUCAAAGUUUAAUCUUGACCUUCACAAGUGAAUUUAUUGCAUCAGAAUGCAAGAUCCUUAAAGUAGCUCUUUUAGACGUUUCGAUUAAAUAGCAAAAUCUUCAACAACAGAUGGUGUUCAUCAUAGGGUUGCAGAUGAUUUUGUGAUAUGUUUAAAGAAAGUGGAUGAGGAAAACUUACAAUAAAAUGCUCAGAAUAAAGUCUGAACGUGUACAAUACUACAGCUACAAGUCCACUUCCUGGAAACCCAUGUGUUAUGAGGGAAAGAACAGAAACCACAUGUUUAAUGUUGACGUCUUAGGUUUGCCAUCAAUCCUUUCUAUUUAGAUUUUGUUGCUUUUUUCAUUAGAUUUUAAAAGAUGAAUUACUUGAAUAGCUUAAUAAUGCAACAGAUACAUUUUUACUUUAUGCCUGUUGGUAGCAAAAUCAGAUUGUUGUGCUUUUUUAAGAAAAAAACACCCUUUUUACUUAGUCAUUCUAAAUAUGAUCUUAACACAUGAACUCAAAAACUACUGAGCUUCUCUUAACCGCAGGGUUAAAUGAUCUGCAGGGACAUUAAUUGUACGAUCAUAAACUGGUUAAUGUGCAACCAAGAGGAGCUUAGCUUCAUGUGAUAUCUUGGUGUGAACUUUUUUCUUCCGCUUACGUAGCAUCCACUAUAACUGCAGCCCCAUGGAUUAGGCAUUACAGAGACUUUAGUUCCAGCCUGACGAAUUCUUGCUCUCCUUUUUCCCUCCUAACCCUCCACUUGUCCUCCAAGUUAUGCUUGGAAUGAAGUUUGCUGCAUUGUUUUGAAUUGUCUUAUUUUCACUAUGGAGUCCAGGAUUGAAUUCACUAUUGAAAGGUCGUGGUCAAGGGUAAGACAACCUUUUUUUUAUCUCUCUGCUUAACUUGAAGUUGUUGGUUUACUAGUAAACCAGGUUAGUUAUGCAACAGUGUGUCGCUUAGAUUCCCUUGCUGGGAUUGUGCGAACUAAAUAAGACAAGUGUAAUAGAUGUAACCCAGAACAGAGAACAUCAGCAGGGAGCCUUAUGCAGGAUUCAUGUACUGACUGAAAGAAUUUGACAGAUUGUUCACAUACUUUUAAAAAAAUCCAGCACAUGAGAUUUGAUUGUUUUUUACAUAGUAAAGGAGCCUUUAUUAGUCAUUUGAAUGCUCUGUGAGUUCUGCUGUACAGGAUCUGACAUUUUAUGGUCAUCCUUAGCCAUAAAAGUAACCGCCCUACUUUUAUUGAUCUUCAUUUAUCCGUAUCUUCACGUUAUUGAAUACUCAGCUAAUAAUUAACAUCCAUUUGUUCAAAUCACUUCAGAUGCAGCACGUUAAUGCGUCUUCACGUUUAGCAAACUAAUGCAAACACGAGCUGCCAGAGCCUUCUCCACUGGGAGAUCAAAGCCCAGAGCUGUAAAAACCUUCAAUAAUGUCAAGCGUGCUUCCUCCAAGUAUGAGUAGGCACCGAAUGAGAGAUUGAGCUACAGAAAGCCUCUGAUUCCUUUCCAAUACCACUCAGAGCUCCUCGAGUCCAAUCCCCCCAUCUGCUAGUUGUAACAGUUGUGAAAUGAAUAAUUGGUGUCAAGUGGCCCCUGUAAUACCCGCUGUGCCGCCGAGGGCUCCGUCAAACAUAAACACAACUCCAGUUGGCUACUUAAAGUGCAAUCAGGAGCCUGAGUGAUGCUGGAGUCCGUCGCAAUCGAGGAAUUGUGAAUGGCUUUUCUGAAAUAUCUUUGAGUGUGUCUGGCUCCCUUUCAUUCAGCCCAAAGCCAGAGUCUCCACAGCGGUGAGGAGAGGCGUACUCGCUGCUGCGGUAUUGUAAAUAUCAAGGCAGGAAAUUGCAGGUGUGUUCAUACCUGGGUGUGGAGACAAAUACAUCCAGCCCUCUCUGCCUCACUCACACCAGCUUGCACAAAGGAGGAAAAAGGCAGCUGUACCUCAUCAGAAAACUGAUCUUAUAUAUAAUUGAACUAAUCUAUCUCCACAACUUGCAGGAGUCCUCGAGGCCUUCACUACACCAGACAGGGCACCAGUUCAGCAGAAUGAUGAGCGAUGACAAGCCAGACCUCUUUCGAAAUAUCAGCCGAAAGCCAGGCCUGCAGAUAUGGACCAUCAAUAAAAUGCAAAUGGAUCCGGUUCCAGCUAAAGGCUUUGGCAACUUUUUUGAAGGGGACUGUUACAUUGUUCUAUAUAUAAAACAGAACAGGGGUUCAAGCCAGUCUAUUGACAUCCACUACUGGAUAGGAAACACCUCCUCUCAGGAUGAACAAGGCGCUGCUGCCAUCUACGUCACCCAGAUGGACGAGUUCAUGGGCGGGAGUCCGAUCCAGCACAGGGAGGUGCAGGGCUGUGAGUCGCCUCGGUUCAGGAGCUACUUCAAAAAUGGCCUGAUCUACAAGAAGGGCGGAGUGGCCUCGGGUUUCGACCAUGUUGACACAAACGUCUACAACGUGCUGCGAUUGCUGCACGUCAAAGGGAGGAAGCAUGUCACUGCAACGGAGGUGGAGGUGUCGUGGAACAGCUUCAACAACGGAGAUAUCUUCCUCCUGGAUGUGGGCAAAGCCAUCGUGCAGUGGAACGGCCCCCAGAGCAACACGAGGGAGAAGCUAAAGGCGGUCGUGUUGGCUCAGGACAUCCGUGACAGGGAGCGAGGAGGUCGGGCUCAGAUUGGUGUCGUGGAGGGUGGGGAUGAACGAAGCUCACCAGAGCUGAUGAACGUCAUGACGUCUGUUCUCGGCCACAGGCCUGCUCAGCUGAAACCGGCCACUGUUGAUGACCAACCCAACAUGGCGCAGAACAACAACGUCCGGCUCUACCAUGUUUUUGAAAAUGGUGGGAAUCUAGUGGUUCAAGAAGUGGCCACUCAGCCUCUGACACAAAGCCUGCUGCGCUCCGGUGACUGUUAUAUUUUGGACCACAAAGGUUCCAGUGUGAUGGUCUGGAAAGGCAAGAAUGCCUCCCAGGAAGAGCGUCGAGAAGCCCUGAACAGAGCAGUGGGCUAUAUUAAAGCCAAAAACUACCCACCGAACACCAGUGUGGAGGUGAUGUCAGAGGGAGGAGAGUCUGCAAUGUUCAAGCACUUGUUCAAAUCCUGGAGAGAGAAAGGACAAACUCAGGGUCUGGGUACCACCUACAGCGUCGGAAAGAUAGCUAAAGUUGACCAAGUGAAGUUUGAUGUGAUGGAGCUUCAUGCACGUCCUGAACUGGCAGCACAGCAACGCAUGGUGGACGACGCUUCUGGAGAUGUUAAGGUGUGGCGCAUUGAGAAUCUGGAACUUGCCGAAGUAGAUCCAAGUACGUAUGGACAGUUUUACGGAGGAGACUGCUACUUGGUGCUGUACUCGUACCAAAGAGCGCACCAGCUGCAGUACAUCCUCUACAUGUGGCAGGGCCGUCAUGCCACCACAGAUGAGAUCACAGCGUGCGCCUACCAGGCUGUCAAUGUUGAUAACAAGUACAAUGGAGCCCCGGUGCAGGUCAGGGUGGUCAUGGGAAAGGAGCCUCGCCAUUUCCUGGCUAUUUUCAAAGGCAAAUUCCUCAUCUUUGAGGGAGGUACAGGCCGGCCUGGUGUGGUUAACCCCAACCUUGCUGCCAGGCUUUUCCAGGUUAGAGGAACCAGUGAAAUGAACACUAAGGCCACUGAAGUGCCUUCAAGAGCCUCCUCUCUCAACACCAAUGACGUGUUCUUGUUGAAGACUGACCACAAAUGCUACCUGUGGUAUGGAAAGGGCUGCAGCGGGGAUGAGAGGGAGAUGGGAAGAGCGAUCUCUGAUGUGCUGUCCAGGCAGGACAAGCAGGUGGUGAUGGAGGGCCAGGAGCCAGCUGAAUUCUGGGUAGCUUUGGGUGGAAAGGCUCCAUAUGCCAGCGACAAGAAACUGCAGAUGGUGGAGCUGCGUCACAGUCCCCGGCUGUUUGAAUGCUCCAAUCAGACGGGUCGCUUUAGGGUGACAGAGGUGGACGACUUCGACCAGAGUGACCUGGACGAAGAGGAUGUGAUGCUGCUGGACACCUGGGAGGAGAUUUUCUUGUGGGUUGGAAAAUUUGCCAAUCAGACCGAGACCAAGGAGUCGUGGAACAGCGCCCAGGAGUACCUGAGGUUCCACCCAGCGGGCCGUGACCCCGACACACCCAUCAUCUUUAUCAAGCAGGGAUAUGAGCCGCUCACUUUCACUGGCUGGUUCAAUGCAUGGGAUCCUCACAAGUGGAGCGGAGGCAACUCCUAUGAGGAAUUCAGAAAAAAGCUGAAUGAUGCAGAAUCUCUCGCACAGAUCACUGUCGGCCUGAACAUCACUACUGUGGAUAAGGGUCCUUCAAGGGUGAGUGAAGGUAGUUACAGGGCUCCAGGGGGCCCCGUGAGCUCCCCUCCGCUCUACAGGGUCCAUGGGAUUGGUCAGUCCUCCAAAACCUCUACUCCCUCCAGCCCGUCCACCCCAAGGACCCCGACCAGCCCGAGAGAAUCGCCCUCUGCGCCCUGGUUGUCACACAGCAGUGGCAGUGGGACGUAUGUGAACCCAAAGCUCCUCAUCAACCAGGAUCCUAGUGACCUGCCAGAUGGAGUGGACCCCACCCAGAAGGAGGACUACCUGUCUGACGCGGACUUCGAGAGACUGCUCGGCACGACUCGCCUGGACUUCCACCGCCUGCCCAAGUGGCGCCAGAAUGACUUGAAGAAGAAAGCAGGACUUUUCUGAGAAGGAGUCACUGUCGUACACUGUAAAACCUGCCUCAGUGGAACGCUGAGAAAACUAAGCCCAAACCAAACUGCUGUAGAGUAAAUCGGAGAAACAAAGUCACACUUUGUCCAACCAUCAGCUAAGUUAUUAUGAUUACACGUUUAGCAGAAUUAGCUUCUGAAUACGAUUGUGAUAUGAAGCAUCUAAUUUAAAGCACAUGACUGAUGCUUCCUUUUAAGAUUAUUUUAAAUUGUGCUGCUUUAUAUUUAACUGUAUUCUAAAUGUUUUAAGCUGAUCACACUAUGCUAUGCUACACAUUAUGAUCACAUGCCAUGGCUAAAUGAAUCAUCUUAUACAAUGAAUAAACACAGAAAGGGGAGGGA